AGGCUUGGCCGACUUUAAGACAAACCGACGCAGGUUUCUGUAUGUGUGAUGUGGCCAACGAAAACUAUUUUUCCAUUUUUUUACGAGACAAAUAUAGAGAUUUCUAAAUAAAAAAGGAAAAUAAUUGGGAAAAAAGUGAAAUUUAUUGACGAAUAGCAAACGAAAAACGCAAUGCACAAUGUGGAAACUACAAGAGGCAACGAAUUUAUUAAUACGAUUAAUUUUAAUCUUAGUUUUUACUGCACAACUUUUGGACACGACUCUGGCGUUAUCGGACAAAAGAUUAUGUGCAGAUGAAAAUUGUAAAGGAAUCAUUUCUUUGGGUACGGGAAAAAUUAAUUAUCGAGCGGGGGCAGAGGGUAUGGUAUCGUUUAAGAUUAAUGCUCCUAUACGCAUCAAAUCAAAGAGUGCUGGCAAGGAUCCUUCACUCUGGGGCAUUGAAGUUAAUGGUCGAGAGGGUUAUGCUCCAAAACAAUUUAUACGUGAAACAAAAGUUCUAAUUGGAGAGAAAAACCUCAAGUAUAUAGUUGAUGUUAAACCAGUCAAUGCAGUUCCUAUUUUAAGCACCUCCGAAAAACCAGUGGAACAGGAAAAUAUUGUAGAAACAACCACCACUAAACCUCUUAAUGUAGUACCUUUAGAAUCGACUGAGAAACCUUUAGAAAAUAAUUCCAGUGAAAAUAAUGCUCCUGCUGAAGCACCUGCUGUUGCCACACCUGUUUUAUCAGAAGUUGUAGAUGGCACACAAAUACCGAUUUUUGCCAAUGAAUCAGAUGGUGUCGUGGAAGAGGUGGAUGAAGAUGUUAAACCUCUAAAUAAAUAUGAAGUGGAAGAGGAAAUAUAUGAAGAUGAAAUUGGUGAUUAUGAUGAGGAAGAUGAGGAAGAGGAAUUGCUUUAUAAGCAGCAAAUGCAAAAAGCACAAGAACAGCUAAAAGCAACUUUAGCAACUGAUAGCAAUAAGGAUAUGAAACUAGCAGAAGUAAAUAAUACUAAUAAUGAAGCCUCACAAGAAGAUUUAAAUAAGAGAGAAGAAAAUAAACUACAAUCUUCACAAGGUGAAAAUGACAAUAAUUCAGUCAGAAAUGAUAUAAAGUCUGAAGUUUUAGAGGAAAAUCUUGAAAUUUUAAAUGAAUCACAAGAAAAACCAAAUACAAUCUUGGAUCCAGAAUCAGACACAGAUCACUUGAAAGAAGAAAGAUCUCUCGAAAUUUUGCCAAGUACUGAAGUUUUGAAUGAUAGUAUAACACUUGAAAAAGAAGAAAUUUUUAAAAAUUUUGAAAAAGAAGAUAUGGGGAGUAAAGUCGUUGACGAAAAUGCACAAACGCAGCAGGUUUUGCAAGAAAACCCUACUGCAGCUAAUGAGAAUCAACUGACUCCAGAACAAGUGAAUAAUGGUUCAAUUGAUGGUACACAAAGCCAAGAACAGCCACAAAAUGAUGCAGCUGAUGCUAAAGAUACUGUUAACACUGAAAAUUUACCCCGGAUUACAAAGGAAAUCAAAGAAAACGAUUCAUCUAAUGUUCACAGUCCAGCCAGUGAUAUUAACAAUAAUACUAAUGAAAAUUUCGCUAAAAUAGAUGAGCUAACAAAUACCGAAGAAAAUCUUAAGAUUAACAAUGAACAGGAUCUUUCAGAGACAAACAAAGUAUUGGAUGUUGUAACACCGAAAGAGCCUUUAUCAAUGCAGGAGGAAGAAAAAAGUACAACCGAGAACACCAAUCAGCAACAGGAGAUUCUAAAUGAAAAUUCUGCACAACAAUUGAAAACAGAUAAAAAGCCUGAAGCAGACAACACGAAUAGUUUGCCUACACACCAUAAUGACAAUCUAUUGACACAACCCACAAAUACAGAAUCUGCUUCAAGUACAGAAUCUCAUGAAGUUGAAGUUACUACUCCACAAUAUUAUGUUGAAGAAAUAUUAACUACAACUCCAACACCUAUUAACCAAGAAGAAAAGAGGCACGAGGAAAAUGUAAUAGAAAAUAUUAAUCCAACAACCUACAGUCCAUAUUAUGAUGCCUCUUCAAAUACACCAACACCUGCACCUCAUUAUGAUCAUCAUGAUCAUAAUCAUUACGGUGAUAAUACCGAUCAAUAUGGCCAUAAUCAUGAUCACGAUCAUUAUGACUACUAUAAACAGGAAGCAACAGAAAUACCUCCAAAUAAUUACGAUCAUCAUCAUAACGAUCAUUACCAUCACACUAAUCAGCAUAUAACAACUGAAAUUCCACCAAAUGACUAUUAUGCCCAACAAUAUGAGUACGCUUCCACUGAAAGUUCAAACCAAAAUAUCGGUUCGUUUGAGGAAAUUACAAUUGCAAGUUACAAUAAUAUACCCUCUACCGUAGCUCCGGAAACUGCUACAGCUUCGAUGAAAAGCGAAGAUAAAAAAGAAGAACAACCAAAAGCGUUACCAUCAUCAACACCACCAACUUUUGAGGAAAAUAAAGAAAAUAAGGGAUUAUUUGCUACUAUCAUGGGUACGGUUAAUAAUGUGCUGUCACUCAAUAAGAAAAACAAACAUCAUGAAGAUGAAAAUGAAUUAGAUAGAAUAUUAUAUUCGACUGGCAAUGGACAUAAACCUAGUUAUGAAGGAUUAAGUGAAGCGGAAAGUUUACAAUAUUGUAAGGAAAUUGGACCCAAUGGCGAUUGUCCUCAAACGCCGGAGCAUAAUCAUUAUCACCCAGAAUCCGAACACCACCACCAUUCUUCGGCGAAAUCAAUCUUUAGCAGUGAUUUAACUUUCGAUACUUUCCUGAAAGCUCUAGCUGCGAAAAUUCUUGAAAUCAGCGAAUUAUUAGCCUUUUUAGUUAUAGUGGCAGCAGCUUCGCUGUUUUUUAUUUUUGGCUACUAUUGUUUCUGCAAUAGCAGUCGUGAGGGAGCUUUGCUUUCAAAACUCAAUCAAUUGGAAAGUAGCCUGCUAGCGUCCCAUAAAGAAAAUGCUAUUUUGAAACAUAAUUUAAUGUCUACACGACAAAAACUAGCUAGUAUAGAAGACAAUUCAUUUGGUUCCAACGAUAUGGUGGUUUCUUUGAAAAAGGAACUAGAGGAGGAAUUAAUGGAAAAGGCACGAUUGCAGGAGCAAAUUACAGUUUUGCAAAAAGAACUAGAAAAUGCUGCAGAUGCGGGUAUUGAACUAAACAAAAUUGUAUCCGAAUUGUUAAGCAAUCAAACAGGAGAUGAAAGUAUUAUAAGUAGUGUAGAGGAGUUACAAAAACAACUAAACGAGCAACAAAACACUAUUUUGGAAAUCAAUGCCAGUUUGGCUGAAAAGAGUCGUGAAAAUAGUGAAUUGCAAUUGUUAAUAGCAGAACAAAAUGCUAGAUAUGAAACGGAAUUGGCUAAUGUACAACGUGACAACGAUGAGCUGGAGCAUGAAAAGGGCAAUCUAAUGACUAGAUUGGAAGAGUUGAAAACUGAUUUCGAUAAGGAUAUAACAGCUGCUUUGGAAGGUAAAAAUAUGGAAAUCAAGAGAUUACAAAAUGAAAUUGUAGACUUGAGCAAUAAAUUGGAAAAUGAACAUACUAAAUGGCAAACAAGUGUGGCUAAAAUUGAGGCUUUGGAAGAGUGUUUGAAAAACGUAAGAAAAGAUCCCAAUGUUAACAUUAGCGAAGUUAUAGAUGUGGCCAAUGUCAAAGCUCAACUUAUAGAAACACAAAAGAAAUAUAAAUCGCUAAAGGAGCGUUUAGAAAUUGAAUUGGAUCAAAGAAAAUUAGCAGAAAAUCAGUUACAAGUAAUAACCGCUGAAGUGGAAAAACUAAAACAAGAUUUCAAUCAAUCAGAAAAGGAUAAAUUGGAGGCACAAACACGACUAGAAGUAUUAUCAAAUUACUUCAAGGAUAAAGAAAACCAAUUGCAAAAAGAGUUAAGCUUAAAGGAAGCCAUGUGGUUGAAACAACAAGGUGAAACUACCACCACUGUGGAUCGUGUAACUGCCAUGCAAGAGGAAAUACAAUCAUUAAAAUCUCAAAAUGAUUCAUUACGUGCUGAGAUAGAGGCACAAGUAGCAGCUCAUAAAGCCCAAACAGGCACCUUGGAGAAUAGAGCUCAUGAGACCUGGUUAGCGGCGCGACAAUCUGACCGACGUUAUGAGGAAGCCAGAGCAGAAGCCACGGCCUUAAGGCGUCAAUUAACUGCCUUGGCUGGUGGUAAUGUCAAUGAAGCCAAUAAAGCCCCAGCUGGUCCUGUAGUUUUAGGUGAUGAGUUAACACAAGCACCCUCACCCAUACAUAUGGAAUCACCAGGUUCACCCAUGUUGGGUAGAAUGCCACCACCACCAUUUCUACCACCACCUUUUAUGGGACCACCACCACCCUUUAUGGGUAUGCCACCACCACCUCCAUUUGUGCCACCCGGUGAAAUGCGUCCAGCACCAUUGGGACGCAUUAUGUCUCCACCGCCACAACGUUCGGGUCGUUUCUCACCUCAGCACCUAGACUAUGAAGAUUAUUUGGAUUACGAGGGUGGUAAUAAUACAUGGCACCGUCACACAUACUCACCUCCACCACGUACAUAUCGUUCACUCUCUCCCACUGAUAGUCGCUACAACUAUGGUACUGAGCGUGAUUUAAUGUCUACCUACGAUACAGAGACAGACUUCAGUCCACCUCCUAGUCCCCGAGAGUCUAGAAGACGAGGUGGCCAUAGCAGUGAGAGAAUCGAUAAUAGUAGUAGUAAAAGUCCUUAUGGUAAUACAAAAAAAUUCAACUCAUCCCAUAAAGGACCCUUAAGUUCUGGUUCCGAAAAAUCUUUUAAUACUUCUUCACAUCAUGAUAAUAAAACCAAAAAAGGCACCUCUAGUAGUGGUGGUGGCGGUGGCGGUAAAAACUUAGUAUGAUUUAUUGUUGUUGAGCAAUUAAAUCACAACAAAACUACCUUUAAAACAAUUCCAUUUUAAACGCAUUAAGCCAAUGACAAAGUCUGAGAGUGUGUGAGUCUAGCGUAUGCCGUGUCUGCCGUUCAUUGUUAAUUGUGUAGUUAUUUUUUUUUUAAAUUUACCUAAUCAACUACUAUAAAAAAAA